AAUUAAAUGGCUGCAUCUUCAACAUUCAAUGUAAUAGCUUUGGGAGGAUUUCUAGUAUUCUCUGUGAUUGGUAUCAAUAUUUCUAAUAAGUAUUAAUUUGAUGAUCUUACGAUAGCCAAUUUUAUAUAGAAAUUUUAAAGGUAUUAUUGGUAAUCGUAGGAGUUAUGCUUAUUCAUUAACUUUACUUGAUAAAGAGGAAUACUCCAUAAGUAAUUAUGAAACCGAACCAAAAAUAAAUUAAUUUUAGCGUAUUUUAGGAUAACAAUAGGAAUAAUCUUUAACAAUCGAAUUACUAUAGAAGUAUAAUAAAAAUUUAAUUAGAUCAUGAAACUGAAUAGAUGUAAGGGUAAUCAGAUUUAAUGGAUAAUUAAAACCAAAAAGAAAAAUAAAGAAUUUUAGAUAAGGAAUAAAGAAAACAUAAUAUGAAGAAUCGUACUAAAUUUAAUCGUUAUAAAGUUAGAUUUUUAAUAGGAUAAAGAUUUAUUAGAGAGUGUAAAAUAAUACGAGAAUGGAUCAGUGAGAUAAUUUUAUGGAGACGAUUCCAGUUAAAUUCAUCAUACUUAUUAUUAAGCUCCAGUUUAACUCUUUGGAAGAAGUGGGUUAUGUAAAAUCAUUAUUAAAAUAAGAUAAUGAAAUCUAAAAGAAAAAUAAAGAAACAGAAAAAUUAUUAUCAAGGUUGAUAAAGAAAAUGGGAGAUGCUCAACUAAAAGUUGAGGAGCUAUUUUUCAGUUAAUUUGUUCCUACUUUUGUAAAUGAAUUUUAAGAUCAUUUAAUUAAUGUUAAUAGAAUGUUGAAAGAACAUUUUUAAUAAAAGAUAAUUGAAAUUGAUAUUUUUUUUGCCAACAAGCCUUUUGAUAUAAAUUCAAAUAAACAUGAAAAAUCAGUUGGUUUGAAAAGUGUCACAAUAGAUGAUGUUAUUUUUUUAAAGAAUUAGAUUAAAACAAAAUAACGUGAACCUGUUAAAGCACCAAUAGAUAUUGAUAAAUUUACAAGAGAUAAAGCAGAUUUUAUUAAAGAAUGUGAUCUUUUAGAAUUAUUUAAUAACAUAUUAGAUUUGAAUUUGCUUAAUAGAAAGAUUAUGGCUGAUAGAAAGUUCUUGCUUUUAAAAUUAUUAUCUUUUUCAGAGAGUAGAGGAAAACCUUAAUAUUAAACUGAUGGUUUAGUGGAGAAGGUUUCAAGCGAUUAUGAGGUAAGAUAAUAUUAAAAUAUAAAAAGAUUCUCUUUAGUGUGUUUAUUAAUACAAUUUUAAAGUGUGUAAAUUAUGAGAAAUAAAGAUUUAGUAAGUUUAAUACAAAUGAUGGUAACGAAAGUGCUUUAAAAAUGGUCAGUGUAAGCAUUAUUUAAUUGGAAUCUUUUGAUUUGAAUGAAUAGAAAAAUGAUUAAUAAACCAGAAACUUUGUGAUUUAAUAGAAGUUAGAUUAAAUAGAUUAGGAACCUUAAUUUCAUUUUUACAGUGACCAUAUUGUUAAGACAUUAAAAAAGAAUAAGGAUCUAGAGUCAAAAAAGCUAAAUGAAUUUAUUUUAUAUACUUCAAGAGUAAUAAUAAAUAAUAGAAUGAUAGGAUUGUAAUUCAUUGAAUGGUUUUGUCUGUUAUUAUUUGUUGCAUUUACUAAACCUACCUAAGUAGCAUUGGUUACAAUUGCAAUAGAUUGAAAUGGAUUAAAGAAUGAUUAAGUGUUUGAUUAGAAUGGCAAAGGACUUAUCCUUUUUGGUGACAAAUCUUUGA